CUUGCAUAAUUUAUUGACGCAUGCGCCACACAUUGCAAUCAGCUGUCAGAAAGAACAUAAUCACGUAAAAAACAAAAUUAUUUGUGUCUUUAGAUAAUUCCCGUCAAUAUGGCGGGGCAAAAUCCAGGUUCGCCGACUGACUUUCAAUAUUUUUACGAGGAUGAAGUGUAUAAAAUCAACAAUCGCGGUCAAGUGGUCUUCGGUCUGGUACUCGAGAACUAUGAAGCCAACUCCAGCGAUCAAGAGAGCGACAUUGAAACACCUAUACAAAAAGGCGAAAUUCGUGUUGUCUGGCAUCCUUCCGGCACCGAGCGAGUCAUAUCCGAGAAGUCGGUUGGCUUAGCAGAUCGCUCGUUAAUGCCCGGAGAUGUAGUCCGCCGUCUCAUCGCUGGCAAGGAUACGCAGAGAGGAUACUGCAGAGACAUCAUCAUGAACGCAGCCCUUCAGAUUGUAGGCACCAAGCACGUCAUACCCAGUGUUGCCAGUGAAAGGCUCCAGCCUUUAGAAGAAUUCACGCCUGAUUUGGCUGUGUGUCUCGAUUCCUGGGUUGGGACUUCUAAGGCGGUACACAGCAAACUCCGCUUAGUAUCAGCCGAGGGGUCCCGACUCGAAUACCCCGACCUCGACACGUGUCCUCUGGAAGACUACUCGAUGCGUCGCCGCCGGUCCACCCCUUACUCCUCGUCAGAGUUCUACCCGGGACAGGUGGUGUACGGCCCGCUGGGCUCGCUCGACUCCGCCAACUGGCUCCACAUCACCAAGGAAAUGAAGGCCGCUAGGAAACAUAAGAUGCAUGAUCAUAAGUUCACUGUGGAGGCGGUGAUGACGGAGAGCGUGAGCGUGCACUGGCAGUGCCGCGCGCUGUGCACGCAUCCCACCGACCCCUCCACGCCGCAGCAGCCCAAGUUCCUAGUCGAAGGUGAAGAUCUGAAGAAUUUGAAGUUGUUGAACGUAUUCGAGCCGUGCACUCUGCAAGUCGGUGACAGGAACUUCCUCACUAUUGGCCCAGAAGAUAGCUUUGUAAGCAAGAAGCAAUGGAGGAAACAACAAAGUAAAUGCUACAGGAAUCUCCGUAAACAGACUAAGCCUACAAAGAAGCCGUCUAAAACCGAGACGAACUCAUCCGACCACGUGCCCUCGCGGCCUAAGAAGCGCGCCUCCGCACACCGCAAGCUUAAGUCUAACGAGAACGACAUGGACGUUGACGCCGGAGACGACAAACUGGAAUCUCUCGACGAUGCUCUGAAGAUGGACUCGAACUGCCCCAGCAUCAAGAUAGAGCCCAUCGGAGACGUCUCCCUGCCCAUGGCCAGCAGUCAGGAGGAUACAGCCACUGAGGAGAAGAAUGAUUCCGGAAUCAGAUCGCACGUCCGCAGUCCUGAGCCGACGCGCGAAGACUCCUCGCUGCUGAAUGGUGACAGCAAGUCUGAUACCGCGCUCAAUGAUGAUGACUCGGAUAACUGGGAGAAUACCAGCAGCGAUGGCAGUGAUACUGACAGCGGUGCAACAUGGUCAUCCCGCUGCUCCUCAGCGGCAUCAGCCCGCGGCAAGCGAUCUCCUCAACUAGCAGUACGACUGUUACGCGGCAAGCGACUCAAGCGCACCGUGCGCAGGGCCCCGCCCGCGCCGCCGCCGCGCCUCGGCGACCGCGUGGUGGUCGAGACGCUGCACACCACCAGCCGCGCUAACGUCGUGUGGCAGGAUGGUACAAUAGAAAUGGGCAUUCCGUCCACACAGCUGUAUCCGAUCCAUCACUUAGACGGGCAGGAGUGCUUCCCCGGCGACUUCGUAGUCAGCGGGGCGGCUAAUGUCGAAGAGAAUCAACAGCUGAAGCACAGAGAGUACGGUGUGGUACAACGCGUCGAUCAUCACGGCAGGACGGCCAUCGUGCACUGGUACCGCACAUAUACUAGUGCCGACGAGCCAGUUCCACAAAUGCUGCACGAGAGCGAGGUGAGCGUGUACGACCUGAAGGACCACCCUGACUUCCAGUACCGGCCCGGUACCGUCGUCAUUAGGGUCGCCAACUUCACCGGGGAGGAUGCCAAUUGUACUGCUGGACAGGUGAUUGACAACUUCCCGUCUGGUCGCGUCAAAGUGUGGUGGGUGGACGGGCACACGAGCAUGUGCUGGCCGCAAGAUCUCUACAAGGUGGGCGAGUACGACAGCGAGGAGGGCGAGCUGUGGGGCUCGGAGGGCUCGGGCUCGGAGGACUCGUGGGAGACGCAGAGCUCCGCGCACGAGCCCGAGCCCGAGCGCCCGCCCACGCCGCCCGACCAGCCGCCGCCCACACUGUCCGGGCCAGCUGUGGCGGCGUGCGCGUCGUGCGGCUCGUGCCCGCGCGAGGUGCCGCGCCUGCUGGAGCCGCGCGUCGCCGCGCACAUCGAGCGCGGCCGCCUCGCCAUGAGGAAACUCGAAGAGAUGUUCGCUAAGCAUCCCACCUUACAGAGCCAAGAGAUAAUGCGCAAGCUGUUAAACUUGUACAAAGAUUGCCGGUUCUUAGACAGACUAAUGGGAACGUCAUUCUUCCAUGAGGAUCACUUUUUGGGUCUUCUAGAACGCGUAAGAGAACGCGGCGCGAUCACCCCUCGCGCAGGGGAGCGUCGCGUUCACGAACAGCUGCAGCGUCUGUUCGCGCCCAGCGACCCCCCCUCCACGCCCGCCGCGCCCCCCUCGCCAGACCCCAUGAUGGUCGACGAUGAGCUGGAGAAGGCUGCUGACGGUACCCGGCCCAUUAUCACGGCUAACGUCACUGUGGAGCCCAUGCAGGUGGAGUGUAGUAUGUCAAAGAAGCAACUGCAUCUGAACAUAGAAGCUGCUCAGGCAACAAGUUCCGACUCGGUUGUGCCACAAGAUAAUGCUGUUAGUGAAAAUCCGUCUACAGAAUCAACGGAAGGCGAGCCCGGGCCCGGCAAGAAUGUGUGCUACAAGCUGUGCUCGCUCAUACACGCGCAGCUCAUCAAAGCUCACACGGAAGUCAGUCGGAGAAGGCCGCAAGAGUUGGCCGAUUUCCUUAACAGCUUAAUGAAAAAACAAAACACAAACGGCUCUGAGGAGAACUUAGUCUACCACUUUUCAGUUCAAUACGGCGCUCUGGUGGUGAGCUUGGCGGAGGAAGAUAAGGCGGAGUCCAAGACAGCUGAUGUGAAAGACGCAACUACCGCCACGGCGCAGAAACUUGAAGGCGCUGCAAGCAGUACCGACACAGCGCCCCUCGCCACAGCCGAAGGUUCUGAUGAAGCCGAGAUGGACACGGCCAGCCCCGCAGCCGUCCCCGAAGACAACAAGGAGGGGGGCGAGGGCUUCUGUAUACUGGAGUCAGCCCCCGCCGCGCACCGGUUCCGCCUGUCCAUGCUGCAGCCGUCCGAGCCCAGGACCUUCUACUCGGCUGUGAAGAGGGAGAUCAAGUUGCUCAAGAGUGAUCUGCCUCCAGGGGUGUGGGUCCGCGGCUACGAGGACCGCAUCGACCUGCUGUCAGUGAUGAUCGCCGGGCCCAGCAAGACGCCGUACGAGGGCGGGCUGUUCGUGUUCGACGUGCAGCUCGGCGGCGAGUACCCGCGGGCGCCGCCGCUGUGCCACUACCACUCCUACUGCACCGACCGACUCAACCCUAACCUGUAUGAGGACGGCAAGGUGUGCGUAUCCCUCCUGGGCACGUGGUCUGGCCGCGGCGUGGAGGUGUGGGGCAAGGACAGCUCGCUACUGCAGGUCAUCGUGUCGCUGCAGGGCCUCAUCCUCAACGCGGAGCCCUACUUCAACGAGGCCGGAUAUGAGAAGCAGAAGGGUACUCAACAAGGCAAGGAGAACUCCCGCAUGUACAACGAGAUGGUGCUGUUGAAACUAGUGCAGUCGAUGACCAAGAUGCUGAUGAACCCCCCGGAGCCGUUCCGCGAGGAGAUCCUGACGCACCUGCGCGGCACCGGCGGCGCGCUGUGCUCGCGCCUGGAGGCGCUGGUGCGGCUGUCGGGCGAGGGCGCGGGCGCGGCGGCCGCGGCGCCCGAGUUCCCGCUGGUGCCGGCGUCGCGCGGCUUCUGCCUCACGCUGCGCAGCUCGCUGCAGCAGUUCCGCGCGGCGCUGCGGCGCCACGACAUCGCGGUGCCGCCCUGCACCUUAUAGCCGCCCACCCCGCCUCCCACCGCCACCGGCACAUAACGUCUAAUGAUAAUCAAAUUCUAAAUGAAAUGUUCGAUCUUAUGCGAAUACGAUUCUUAGAUUUAUUAAUGCAUAGUUAAUAUUAUUUAUUUGUUACAAAGUAAUGUCUACUUUAAUUCAACAUUCGACGUUAUAAUGUUUAGAUUAUGAGUACUUAUUGAAAUUGCAUACUUUUUACGAGGCGAAGCUUAUUACUGUCGUUCGAAUAUUUGCUACACUAAUAUUAUGAUAUGAAAUAAAGACAGGUAAUGUUAGAUGUAACGUCUAGAACGUUUAGUUCCUGAUUCCAAUAUAAUUUAUAUUUACGAUUGAAGCUCCUACGUAUCAAUAUUAGGGAAUGGUGUGCGAGUAUAACGAGUAUCUCAUCAAUGUCUAUUUUAUGUAUGUGUAAUGUUGUGUGUAAAAAUGCAUUCACUCAUUUUUAUGUAAUUAUAGUUUUGUUUUUAUUUUAUUUUGUUUUAUAUUGCGGGAAACAUUAAUUUGUAUGGUAAUAAUGAUGUAGUAAGACCGUCGUGGUUAAAUUGGCGCAGUACCAACAGACAGUACAUACCACUUAGCAUAGUCGACUCACCACUGCACUAUGUUGUCGAUUGUCGAUACCUAAAUAAUUGUUGUUUUCUCUUGUUACCAAUCUAUGAAAUUAUUGAAAAUAAUUUACACGCUUAGGUUUAGUGCAUGUAGAUGUUUGAAUUUCAUUUCUUCACCAAAUAAGAGCGUCACAAAAGUAAAGUCUUACUAACAGUGAUAUCUACAUUAUUAGUAUUAAUUUUACAUUUCCCGAAAAUUAAUAUUAACAAGGAAAUCGAAAGUGCUACCCAGUGAAAGGCGCUUAAUUAGUGGUAUUUUGGAACUUAGUUUUCAUUUUCUAUCCAAUCUUGUUUUAGAAAGAAAUUCUUCCUCGUUAGUGCUUAUAGUAUUAAACCAUACGGCCACGCCGCGCCGGCGGCUGCACAAAUACUAUGUAACUUCAUGCCAAAGUCAAUUGAGCUAUGGAAGGCUUUUGUCGCUUGUGUACGCGAGAUAAGUGACAACUAUGUAUAAUUAUAAAAAAAUAAAUAAUUCUUCAACA